GAACUGCAACUAAUGGCCACAGAUGUCAAUGCUGGAAAGGCCCUACGAUGCAUUUAGUUGAUUUCCCAACUUUGCCCAAAGCCAUCUCUAUUACUUGCCCCCCAAGGCUGGUUUAAGUUGCUUCUACUCAAGAGCAUUUGCAGCCUGAGUUCCAUGUGUAUGUAGCCCAGGCAUGGGGCAGGGCUGCACAACAUUCCGUCAGCAGGCAGCACAGAGGCCCAGAGAGGGAAGGAGACUGGCCGGAAGCGGCAGAGCCGCGCGGGUGCCGGGACCCAGGUCCCCGCUACGUCCAGAGCCUGCGUCACCAGGACUCCUCCCCUAGGCCGGCAGCCCAGCCCGAGACCCCAGCUGGUUCUAAGACAGCCCCCACGCCCCCUAGUGCGCAAGCUCAGUAAGACCCCGCCGCGCACCGCCCACCGCCCACAUCCGGCCCCUGCGUGUGAGCUCGCGGGGUAAACUGAGGCGAGGGCGUGCCAGUGAAUUCAUUCCUUCCUCAGUCCACCCGCAGGCCUACAAAGCUCUCUCCCCCUCCUCAGCGCCACAAGGCACAGCAGGGACGGAUGGGAAGAAGGGGAGGGGGCCGAAAGCAAGCUGGGUGCGAGGAGCCAGCCGAUCCUGCCACACUCAAGAUGGCGGCACGGCCGUGGCGAGGUCCCUCAGAGGCGGUACCAGCGCAUGCGCAGCGCGGAGUCCCAGCCCGGGACACAAGAUGGCGGCAGCGGCGCUGGGGAGGGCGAGGCGGAGGCGGCAAAACGGGCGGUCGAGCAGAACGUGUAGCCGCGUCCCCUCGAGUCCGCUCCGGGCAGCUGCUGAUGCAAGGAAUCCCCUGGGGCCCCGUCCACUUCACUGCUGACCAGCCCAUCCGUCUGUGCUGAGUCUUCCUGCAGGCCUUUCCUCGCCUCUGUGGGACCCUGUGGGGGUCCAUCCAGCUGGAGAAGAAAAGCCUCUCAUGCUAGCAUUGCAGACCCCAGAGGGUCCUUUGUGGGUGCAGAGAUGGCCAAUGAGAAUCACGGCAGCCCCCGGGAGGAAGCGUCCCUGCUGAGUCACUCCCCAGGUACCUCCAAUCAGAGCCAGCCCUGUUCUCCAAAGCCAAUCCGCCUGGUGCAGGACCUCCCAGAGGAGCUGGUCCAUGCAGGCUGGGAGAAGUGCUGGAGCCGGAGGGAGAAUCGUCCCUACUACUUCAACCGAUUCACCAACCAGUCCCUGUGGGAGAUGCCCGUGCUGGGGCAGCACGAUGUGAUUUCGGACCCUUUGGGGCUGAAUGCGACCCCACUGCCCCAAGACUCAAGCUUGGUGGAAACCCCCCCGGCUGAGAACAAGCCCAGAAAGCGGCAGCUCUCGGAAGAGCAGCCAAGCGGCAAUGGUGUGAAGAAGCCCAAGAUUGAAAUCCCAGUGACACCCACAGGCCAGUCGGUGCCCAGCUCCCCCAGUGUCCCAGGAACCCCAACGCUGAAGAUGUGGGGUACGUCCCCUGAAGAUAAACAGCAGGCAGCUCUCCUGCGACCCACUGAGGUCUACUGGGACCUGGACAUCCAGACCAAUGCUGUCAUCAAGCACCGGGGGCCUUCAGAGGUGCUGCCCCCGCACCCUGAAGUGGAGCUGCUCCGCUCUCAGCUCAUCUUGAAGCUUCGGCAGCACUACCGGGAGCUGUGCCAGCAGCGAGAGGGCAUUGAGCCUCCACGGGAGUCUUUCAACCGCUGGAUGCUGGAGCGCAAGGUGGUAGACAAAGGAUCUGACCCCCUGUUGCCCAGCAACUGUGAACCAGUCGUGUCACCUUCCAUGUUUCGUGAAAUCAUGAAUGACAUUCCCAUCAGGUUAUCCCGAAUCAAGUUCCGGGAGGAAGCCAAGCGCCUGCUCUUUAAAUAUGCGGAGGCUGCCAGGCGGCUCAUCGAGUCCAGGAGUGCAUCCCCCGACAGUAGGAAGGUGGUCAAAUGGAAUGUGGAAGACACCUUUAGCUGGCUUCGGAAGGACCACUCAGCCUCCAAGGAGGACUACAUGGAUCGCCUGGAGCACCUGCGGAGGCAGUGUGGCCCCCACGUCUCAGCUGCAGCCAAGGACUCCGUGGAAGGCAUCUGCAGUAAGAUCUACCACAUCUCCCUGGAGUACGUCAAACGGAUCCGAGAGAAGCACCUUGCCAUCCUUAAGGAAAACAACAUCUCAGAGGAGGUGGACGCCCCUGAGGUGGAGCCCCGCCUUGUGUACUGCUAUCCAGUCCGGCUGGCUGUGUCUGCACCCCCCAUGCCCAGCGUGGAGAUGCACAUGGAGAACAACGUGGUCUGCAUCCGAUAUAAGGGAGAGAUGGUCAAGGUCAGCCGCAACUACUUCAGCAAGCUGUGGCUCCUUUACCGCUACAGUUGCAUUGAUGACUCUGCCUUUGAGAGGUUCCUGCCCCGGGUCUGGUGUCUUCUCCGACGGUACCAGAUGAUGUUCGGCGUGGGCCUCUAUGAGGGGACUGGCCUGCAGGGGUCGCUGCCUGUGCACGUCUUUGAGGCCCUCCACCGACUCUUCGGCGUCAGCUUCGAGUGCUUCGCCUCACCCCUCAACUGUUACUUCCGCCAGUACUGUUCUGCCUUCCCCGACACAGACGGCUACUUUGGCUCCCGCGGGCCCUGCCUAGACUUUGCUCCACUGAGUGGUUCAUUUGAGGCCAACCCUCCCUUCUGCGAGGAGCUCAUGGAUGCUAUGGUCUCUCACUUUGAGAAACUGCUUGAGAGCUCACCGGAGCCCCUGUCCUUCAUCGUGUUUAUCCCAGAGUGGCGGGAACCCCCCACACCAGCGCUCACCCGCAUGGAGCAGAGCCGCUUCAAACGCCACCAGUUGAUCCUGCCUGCCUUUGAGCACGAGUACCGCAGUGGCUCCCAGCACAUCUGCAAGAAGGAGGAAAUGCACUACAAGGCCGUCCACAACACGGCCGUGCUCUUCCUACAGAACGACCCUGGCUUUGCCAAGUGGGUGCCAACGCCUGAACGGCUGCAGGAGCUGAGCGCUGCCUACCGGCAGUCAGGCCGCAGCCACAGCUCUGGUUCUUCCUCAUCGUCCUCCUCGGAUGCCAAGGACCGGGACUCGGGCCGUGAGCAGGGCCCUAGCCGCGAGCCUCACCCCACUUAACAUACCCUGCGGGGAGGAGGAGCCCCAGGGGUGCUGGUCUGGACUGCUGGGACUCAGGCCCCUGGGGCCUGACAGGGACCCCGCUGCCACUGACAUAGGAAGAUUAUGGUUCUGCCAGGGCUCCCCUCCCUGCCUGUCCCCAACUCCUCACCUCAAACUUCCUCCAAGUCCCAUGUAUAUAGGUCCCGAUGCCUUCCCAACCCCACCCCUCAUCCUGUUGCCACCUUGUUUCAUUUGUAAAAGGAAAUACAGAAACCCCCCCAAGAAUGUGUGAGGGUCUUGAGGGCAGAGAAGGCUGAGGCAGCUGGAGCUACUUCUGGGACCACACUCCCCUCCCUCCAGCAGCUCCUUCUCAUGGUCCCUGGACCUUCACUCCCCAGCUGGGGCUCCCACACAGCUGGGUCUCUGGUGGCCUCUGCCUGGGCUCAGCAGGUCCGAAGAGUCCAAGGCCCUGCAUCCCCUAGCUCCAAACUCCCCCAGCAGGGCCUGCAUGGAUACCCCUGGGGAUCAGAGGACUGGGAGCUGUGCCUGUCCCCAACCCAAAAGCCAGACUCUGGCUGGCCUUGGAUCCCCACAGUGAGCAGACAGCUAGGUGUGCCUCACAGUCGAGGAUCAGGAGAGCAGCCUCAGGGGCCCUGUAGGCACAGAGCGCAUGCUCCCUAGGGCCCAGGGAGGAAGCAGGUCUGAAGGUGCUUGCUGGGGCUCUCGCUGGUUCAGCCGUCUCUCUCAUUGCCAGGCCUCUGCAGCAAGGGUCUGCCCUGCUGGUGGAUCACUGGACUGAGAGAGGCAGGGCAGGGCAGGUCAUGCUGUGGAGCCACACAGCCUCCACCUCAAAAGAUCUGGCCUGGUUCAGGCUGCAGCAGCAAGCAGACAAAGUAAGCUGUUCAGGACUGGACUCCAGUCCCUUUAUUGAGACUGAGAGGCCAGUGGGUCCACCCAAACAAAAAUAAAUUUCUAUCCCAAAGCCUGCCUGCAGGCUGGGGCACCCAGCACAUCUUGGCCGGGGCCCAUGGCUGCCCCUAACCCCAACAGCACAGGUCUGGCUCCCUAGGAAUGAGAGGAUGCUGGCUGUCCAGUAUCUGGAGAUGCUAAAUGAAGAGGGAGGUGAGUCCUGGUGGCCCCCCACCCCCGGGAGGGCUGGCCUCAAAUCCAGGAUCUGUGUCGGGCCCUCAGGGCUCAGUCAUCGGCCAGGGUGAUGACGUCGUACUCGA